CGUCUGCCCUAUUGUUAAUUUCCGGCAAAUGGAACCAUUACUUACUUAAUUCUUGUCAGUCCCAGUUCCCUAAGGUCUAUAUUCUGAGGUGAAGAUACACUCCUUUCUCUUCUAACUUUCUGUCAUUCGUUUGUAUAAUCGGAACAUCAGUCGCUCGUUUCUGUCCAGUUGUUCCUCUAUCACUCUUUUUCCCCCUCCUAGACUCCUUUUGUGUCAAUCUAUUCAGGGGUUGAUAUCGAUUUCGGGCCGAUACCGCCAAGCCACCAAAGAGAAUACCGUAAAGGAACUCCAAUAGGAAGAAAAAAAUGCGGUUUCUGCUCCUUUUUGCUAUUGGGUUCACCCCCCUGGUUUCCGCCCUUAGCAUCAACAAGCCGGGCGCCAACUCAACGUACGCUGCCGGAUCUACAGUAACGGUCAACUGGAGUACGGUGGACACGGAUCCCACCGAGAUCAGCCUCUACUUGUGGAACUUUGUUUCCUGGCCGCCCUCUUAUGUUUCUCUGGCUCAGAAUGUGCCCACCGCCGAUCAGUCCUACGCGGUGCAGAUCCCCUGCGACACCAACCCCGAAUGGGGCUAUCAAAUCAGCGCCAUCAACGGGACCAAUGUAUACAUCAUCUACGCGCAGGGUGACCGGUUUACGGUCUCCGAACCUGUGAAUGGCACCAGCUGUGCCGACUCUGUCCCCCCACCACCAGCUUCCACCUGCGGUCCCACCAGCGCGGUGUCGACCGUUUAUGUCACGGUGAGCCCUACUGGUUCCAGUUCUCGUCUGAUUCAUCAUUCCUCCCACGGCCUUCAUUCCAGCCACCACCUGCAUUCCACCCACGUCCUCCCUGCUCCCUCAUCCACUGUCACUGCCUCUUCAAAAUACGUGAAGCCCGGAAUUGUGCCUAAGACUAUUGGUUGGUGCUCAGACUACUCCCACCCUGUGACCUUGGACAAGGUCCCCACGCCCACCCCAGUCCCGGCUGGCACCAACGACGCUGGACUCUCUACACCUUCCGCAGUCGUCACUGCUGCGCCUAGUGAGGUGACUGGAGAAGCAAAGAUCGUGACAAUCACUACUACGGUGUCCGUACCUGCUGCUCCUGGAGACGAACAAUGCCUUUUUGUCUAAACGCGGCUAUGCCAUGUUAGAAAUUGAUCUGCCUCAAUACUAUGUAUUUAGUAUGCUUGUUGAUUAAUGAACUUACAGUUCCACUAUA